AUGGGAGACAAAGACCCAAUCGUAGUCUACUCCAGAGAGCCAGGCAAGGACUCAAUUAGCGCGGAGGACUUCGCACGACAUGUCGCACUCAAGAUGCAUAGCAUGGCGUUAACAACUGACGCGGACAAAUUGGACGCAUUCGGCAACUUUCUGCUGGCGGGGAAACCCGUGGACAAGUGGUGGAAAGCGAAGCAAGCGUCCACAAUGGCGGUCACGAAGUGGACAGACGCCAGGGCGGCAUUCGUGGCGGAGUUCGACGCACCCCAAGCGGCAGAGAAAACCAAGCAGGAAUGGGAGCGCGAACUCAGCAAAAUACGCAUAACACUUGAGGAGCUCGGAACCAAAACAACAGUGGGAGGAGUAGAAACGCACGCGCAUGUAGCAUUCGCCAGGAAGAUGCUACGCAUGGCCAAGGAGGCAGGAGUAUCGAAGUCAAGCAGCAACAUAUGGGUCGUUCGAGACCAUCUACCAAUAUCACUACGCGACCAGACGCCAAGAGCAGCAACAAGCUGGGAAGUAUUCGCAGCGGCAAUCGAGAAGAUCGAUGUGGACAAGCUGAAGGAGGAAGCGGAGAAGGAGAGAGAAAGUGACAAGCUCAAAACGGAGCUUGCAGCGCUGAAAGCGAAGAGCACAACAAGACCGCCGAUUCCACAAUCACCAACAGCACCAAUUCGCAUGCAAAUGGCGCGCACAAGUAUCACAGCGGAACAACGCAUACUGGCACCGAACUUCCAAGCAACCGCACAGGCAUCGCUGGAAAUGCUAUCCAUGGAAGCCAAAGCAACACUGAUACGGGUGCUAGAGAAGAUGAAAGUGACGAAGCCUCUGCUUGGGACAACGCCGGCGGACAUAGCAACGUACGAAGCGAGAUGGAGGGCGUUCUCGAGCCUACAAGGACCGGUCAUGGUCAAGCAGGUCGGAGUCCCACUUUCACCCGGAACGGUCUGGCCGGGAAGCGGUGAAUGCUGGAAUUGUGGCAGGCUCACAGUCCCAAAACACAAUGCGAGAGAGUGCACGGAAGCAGCGCUGCCAGCCGCCGAACGUCACUUCCGUCGCAUCUGCGCCAAGAACCUGCCACGCGUAGCAACGGUCAACGCGGUAAUCUUGGACUGGAUGGACGAAGAAGACGGAGGACAGCAGGGUUUUCGGGACGGGUCGCCGUAG